AUGCCAAGACCAGAGGACAAAUAUCCUGUGUUAAACUACCCACCUGAUGUCCGCUUUGUCACUUGUUUCUUUACUUGGCAGUCAUACUCUAACGGGAGAUACAGUACAGGCUACAGGUUCAGCCCCGCGUUCAAAAGAGCUGUCGCCAAUAAACAAUCACUUAUUGCAGCUGGGUCUGCGGCCUUGGCUGUUGAUCUUUCACGGCAGUGGAUCAUUGGCAAACUGAGAAAUGAGAAAACAUUCAAUCAUUGGUUCACCAACUAUUAUUGCCUAGCCCACGCAGCCCUUCAUAAUAAUCAUGAUCGAGACCGCAAUGACGCCAACACAGAGGAAUACUGCGGGCGAUUGAAGAAGUAA